AUGGCAGAUCAAUUGAAGGCAGAAUUGUGGACAAGCUCAUCAAAUGAAGCACUUAAACUUUUCAUAGCUGAUUCCGAAGGAGCAGUUUCGUUCCCCCCCGUUUUCACGUAUCCAAUCUUUGGAGACAGUGAAACCAUAUAUGGGUAUCAAGGUUUAGAAAUUUUGCUUUGUUUCAAUCAUUAUACAUUCCGGCCAUUUCUUAAUAUUAGAUACGAUAAGAAAUUGGAGAUGCCCAAUGUUGAAGACCCCAAGUCGAAACUCUUGACGCUAUUAUCUAAGCAAACGGUUUUCAAAGAUGAAGUGAAAUGGGUUGAUGAAGUGAAGAAUGAAAUUGCUAAUUAUCAAAUUCCAGGGCAACUUGUUGAUGAUUUUGAACAAGACAACGAAUCAUAUGAAAUAUACAAACUUGAUUUGACAUCAGAUUCUGGGUUGGAAUUGCAUCAACGAUUGCAAAUCUUGGUGCUUUUGUUCAUUGAAGCUGGUAGUUAUAUUGAUUCCAAUGAUCCAUUGUGGAAUGUUUAUGUACUUUAUAAAGUGAGUCCAAACGAGAAGAAUCCUCGCUCUAUUAUAGGAUUUACCACCAUAUAUCAAUAUUGGAAAUACCCUGGGGCCAAAGCUUUUGAUGAAGGUUUAAGGGAAACAAGAUUAAAGAUAUCUCAAUUUAUCAUUUUACCUCCUUAUCAAGGUAAAGGAUUAGGUCAACUAUUCUAUAGUCGAUUGUUCGGGAAUUGGUUGAAGAACGAAGAAAUCGUGGAAAUCGUGGUAGAAGACCCUAACGAACAAUUUGAUGAUAUGAGAGAUCGUGCUGAUUUAUCAUUCUUAAACAAACAACUUGAUCUUAAUUUAAUUAACACCAAAUUGACCCCAGGGUGGAUCGAACUCACGCGCAAAAAGUUCAAGUUGGAAAAACGUCAGUUCGCACGACUUUUGGAGAUGAUUCUUCUUUAUAAGCUCAAACAUAAUACUGGCUCGGAUUCCGUUAAAGAUGUACGGCUUUUCAUUAAAAGACGACUUUUUGAAAAGAACAUUGAAGCAUUAAGUCCACUUGAAGAAGCCGAUCGUAGAGACAAACUUCAUACCGCUUAUCAAUCAUUGACUGAAGAUUAUUAUAGGAUCUUAGACGGUGUCAGGUUACGUAUGAAACGUUCUUUAACAGAUGACAAUGAUGAUGUCAAUGACGACACCAACGACGAGUCAGCCUCACUAGAAAAAUCCAAAAAGGUCAGACUUAAUAAACAAUAA